CACCAGAGCCGUAGCGAUGUUAUCAAUCCUAGGGUUUCUACUUUUUCUCCCGCCUCGUGAUGGAUAAACUGGUGGACGAAAAUAUUUUUUAGGAGCAUCAUGGAGAGCUCAUCUACUCAAGGGAUUGAUUUAGAUGAAACUGAUAGGUGUUUGCAAGUUGAAAGCUUUAAUGAACAUGAGUUGGUUGAUGAUGAGGAGAUUUCGAAAAAUAUUGAUUUAUGCUUAGGGGAAGUUGACAAGAUUGGAGAACAACCGGUUGAAAGUUUACCUUUAUUUGAUGAUGCUGUGGAGCCAUUUGUAGGCAUGCAGUUUAAGUCUCGAGAUGCUGCUCGGGAAUUUUAUGUUGCUUAUGGUAGACGAAAUGGUUUUACUGUGCGCAUCCAUCAUAAUCGCCGUUCACGAAUUAAUAAUAUGGUAAUUGGUCAAGAUUUUGUUUGUUCGAAGGAAGGGUUUCGCGAAAAGAAAUACAUAUACAGGAAAGACAGAGUUCUUCCUCCUCCACCUAUUACUCGAGAAGGCUGUGCUGCAAUGCUAAGGCUUGCUUGCAGAGAUGGAGAUAAGUGGGUUGUUACCAAAUUUGUCAAAGAGCACAAUCACCCAUUAAUGUCUCCUGGUAAAGUACCAUGGCGAGGCUCUGCAAAAAGUCUUGUUAGUGAGGUACAUUAUCAUUCACUUUAAAUUGUAUGAUUUCUUUGUGUUUUUAUAUAUAUAAUGCUUACAUUUAUUGGAUUUACUAAUUUCCUAGAAUACUUAUAUUUAUGUGACCUCAUAUUUCCACCACUAGUAAGUUUCAUAUGGACCUGAUUGGUAGUGUCAAGCAUUUCAUUCUAGUUGGGGGAGCAGCAGGUUUGCCAACCAAAGCCAUGGCUUCAUGUAUUAGUCAUCAUUAAGCAUUCAAUUAAGAGCACCUGAUUUACAAUUAGCUAAAAACAACUUGGACAGGGUUGCUUAUCCAAUUUCAUAUCCAGGGCUUCAAUUUGUGUCAAGUAAAUAGUGAGGAUGAGUUCAGUUGAGAGUUCAUGCUAAAAAUAUUGUAUGGUACCCUAGUUUGAGUGCAGUGGCAUAUUAAUGAUUAACAACAAAUAAAAGGACAGCAGAUUGUGGGUUGUUGGUUAAGAUCAGUAAACCAUCAUUUGUCAGCAUUUUAGAAGCCUGUAGGGAUAAUGAUUUUGGCAUUCUGAAGCAUGGUAGCCAUUUGAGUCUCCCUUUAAUCAUUUUCCCGUUUCACUUGUACCAUGAUUUUGUUGUCUAGGAUGAGAAGGAUCAGAGAAUCCGAGAACUGACCCAAGAGCUUAACAAUGAGAAACAGCGUUGUAAACGUCUCUGUGCAGCUUACCAGGAACAACUACGCAUGAUAUUGAAAUAUGUGGAGGAACACACUGAUUACUUGUCAACAAAAGUUCAAGACAUCGUCAAGAAUGUUAGAGAACUAGAAGAUGAACAGCUUGAAGACUCAGAUUGCACAUUUAUUUAACAUAGUUUUUGUCUGUCAAAGUGUCUAAUGCAUUGUACUUUGUGCAUGUUCUUUUUUCUUCCAUUUUUUUUGCUGCCUUUUUUUUUUUCUUUUUUUCUUUUUUUCUUUUUUUCCCCCUUUUUCAGAACCAGAUGCUGAUCGUACUAAUUUAAAUA